GUGAUUACAGCGGCCACCAUCUUGGAUUUGAAAUUUUGGAAAUAUCAAAAUAAAUCUUACAUUUUCGUAUAUAUCUGUCAAGUGCAGUAUUUUAUUUCUUGAUUGAUUAUUCCAAUAAAUCUUCAAGAUGCCAAAGAAGGGUAAGAAGGGAAAGGGAAAGAAAGGGAAGAAGGGCAAGAAAGGAAAGGCCGCAAAGGGAGAAAAUAAAAUCGCCAUGGCGAAAGCAAACUCACGAUUGUGGGAAGCCAGGCUAGAUAUGAUGGAAACAUCUCGUCAAGAAUACAAGGAGAGUGCCAAGAAAUUGAUGGUGGAGAAUGAAUCACUGGAAAUCUCUAUGAAACAAACAGAGAGGGACACAAUAGAUGUAGUCACAUUCCUUAAGAGGCAGGACCAGGACAAAGAUUCAAUGCUGGAGAGACUUGUAGAAGAUAUUAAAAAACUGAAAAAAGAACAUCGGAAAGAAAAAGAACAAAUUAUCGAUGAUCUCAGCGAACAAAUUAAUGAUCUGGAGGAAAGACUCGCUCAGAGAACAAAUGAGGUGCAACUCAUGCAAAGUGAGCUAAAGCUCGUUAAAGAAUUUAGGAAAAAGAGAGGUGCAAUGCAGAAAGAAUUAGAUGAGAUCAAGGAAUCCAUGUUCCUGGCCAAUAAGGACCACAAGGAAACUCUGCAGAGGAUGGAACAAAAGUUCUUUGAAGAAAAGAUGAGACUACAACAAGAGGCCAGUCAGAAAAUAGCUGAGUUAGCAGAGAGGGCCCAUACUGAAGCUAUAGUAAACCUCGAUGAAACAACCAGGUCUGUUUACAAGGAGAAUGUACGCGUGACAGAGGCCCUUAACUUCCACAUUGCUGAGGCAACCAAACUAAAGAAGGACAAGAAGAGACUGGAAGAAGAGAACCAGACACUGCUGGGAGACAAAGAGUUAAAUGAAAUGAUGGUGCAAGAAAAAGUUGCACAAACUAAGAAACAAAAACAAGAUUUAAAACUUUUACAAGAAAAGGUAGAGACAUUAGAAAAAGCCUUAAGUCAUGUAGUGAAUGAAUUUGAAGUGGACCGAGGGUCCCUUAUUGAAAGUGCCAAAAUAGAGAAUGAAUCAAGUAAAAUAGAACUAUCAAAACUACAGAGAAUAGUGGAUUUAAAAACUAAAGAAAUGAACAAAGUGAAAAAGUUAGCAAAGACAAUAUUAGAUCAGCGUACAGAGCUUGAGAGGUUCUUUAUUGAUGCUUUGGAGCAGGUCAAACUGGAGAUUGCUGCUAAUCAAAUUCAGUACAGAAAAGCUGCUGAGCUAGCAUAUCACAAGAAGAUGUCAGAUGCAUACAUGGGUAAGGGAGCCUAUCCUAAAGUGAGGACAUUCACAAAAUCAGACACCAGCACUAACAAUGUCUUUAAUGACCUCAGUGCAGCUGAAAAACUAAUGGAUGUUGCUGGUUCAGUAGACAUCAGUGACCUUACCUGGGAACAGAAAGAGCGAGUUCUACGCUACCUGUUUGCUAAGAUGAACGCUGGUCCAACCAAAGAGAAGAAGAGGCUAACAUCAUCAAGUCCCACCCUACCCCCAAUACAGCAGGGUCCUGUUCCGGUUCUCAGCAUCACACAGGGCAUGCAGGAGGAGAGGGGUCCUGAUACUGAUCCUGACCGUACAUUCCUGACCAAUGCUCAACUAGAUGAUGUGGGCCUCCUACCAGAACUACAAAAAGUCGAUGAAGUUAAGCAACAGACUGCAGUUAUGACAUAAUACUGAACAAUCAAUAUUCAAUAGAGUCAAUGGACUAAAAUGGGCUAUGUGUGUUUACUAGUUAAUUAUAUUCAAUGUGAGGAAUUCUUUAUUUGUGACUAUUUUGAAGACACAAUUUGGUCUCAAAGGAACUACAAAUUGCUAUCUCUAAAAAGCAUUGAACCUGUAGUGCAUUUUUCCAUUGCUAAAUAGCAUUGUUAACCUGUGAUCUGGCAUAAACUAUGUACCUUUUAAGAUAUUUUACAUUAUUUCAUUGAGUAAGAUCCACACAGCUUGACAUUCAGAAUUGUAAAAUUAAAGUAAGUUAUAUUCAUAUUCCUUACUUGUAUAAGCAUUUUUUCCAGCCUUGAUAUAUUCAGAAAAAUGAAUUAUGAAAAACUCUAUUGAUAGUGCAUGUUACAUGCGUAAUAGUGCAUUAUGAAUUAAAAAUAAGCUUUAGUAAUUUGGAAUCAGAAUUACAGAUACAGGCCCUUCAGGGCCAUCCAUGUGAAAUCUUGUACAAAGUAAAAACAAACAUGAAUCUGCCAAUAUCCACUUUUUAUGUAUCCACCACAAGUUGUGACAUAUUGU